AGCGGCCUUACGGCAGCCCCGCAACGUCCUACCAUAUCUGGGCAGUUUAGCUUGGGAAUUUCAUGACGCUGGUUGGGUGACAUGCGAGCGUUGGCCGGCCUGAUAUUGGACACUUCACGUCUUCAUCCUGGUUAGGGCCGAAGCACCCAAUGGCAUGGUAUGAUGAUCGUGCAUGAAUCCUUGUGUACAUGUGAAACCUAGUUGGGGUAUGAAAUAAGCUCCCUCCGGAGCAUCACUUUCGCUCGAAGCAAGGAUAAGAUUCAACUUCUCAAGCGACUCUUUCUUGCUGCUUUGCAAAGUCAACGAAAUCAACAUGGGCGUAGUUGAAAAUAUUCUCGAGAACGUGAAAGGAGUUGUUGGGGAGCUUACACCACUCAAGACCGCCGGGCUUGGAUUCGGUGGCAUCGUGCUCUGGUCUUACGGCAAUUACUAUAUUGCACAAUACAAAAUCAACAAGCUCGGUGGUCAUGCUCCGGUUCGUCGAAACAAGCUACCGUUAGGACUCGACAAUCUCUAUGAGGCGAUCGAGAGCAACCUUCGGCACCAGGCGAUGGAAAUCUGGGAGAGAGGCUUCAGAGAAUGGGGUCACAGAGCAAAUCCAUACACAUUCGAGGCGUACAUAGCCAACCAGCGGCUCAUUCUUACAGCAGAUGUUGAAAACAUCAAGGCGAUUCUAGCCACGCAAUUCCAGGACUUUGGAAAGGGCGAGCAGUUCAACAAGGACUGGCAUCCAUUCCUGGGAGAUUCAAUCUUCACCACCGACGGUACAAAGUGGCACGAUUCAAGACAGUUGAUCCGACCGCAAUUUGUCAAAGAUCGUGUUGCUGAUCUCAAGACCUUUGGCAAACAUUGCGAGAUUCUUGUGCCCAUGCUAGGCGGUAGCAGCGAUGGAGCGACUGUCGAUGCGGCAGACUUGUUCUUUAAAUUCACGCUCGAUGCGUCCACAGACUUUUUGCUCGGACAAAGUGUCGACAGUCUCCAUGAAGACAUCACCGGCUUUGCCGAUGCAUUCAACCACGCCCAGCACAUAAUGAGUAUGGUCGCCAGAGCAGGCCCAUUGAACUGGAUCAUCCCAAGGAGGCAGUUUAAUAAGGACAUCAAGCUUAUCAAUGCCUUCUGCGACAAAUAUAUUGACGCUGCAUUAGCUCUUAGCCCCGAAGAGCUGGAGAAGACGACAAAAAGUGAUGAGGGUUACACAUUCUUGCAUGCGUUGGCGAGCUUCACAAGGGACAGGACAGUUUUGAGGGAUCAAAUCGUUGCCGUUUUGCUUGCGGGAAGAGAUACAACGGCUUGCUCUUUGAGCUGGCUGUUCUACGAGCUCUCGUGCUACCCUGAGAUUGUUACGAAGCUGAGAGCAGAAAUCUUGAGAACUGUUGGGCCAGACGCCGACCCAACUUAUGAAGAUCUCAAGUCUAUGAAGUACAUGCAGCAUUGCAUGAAUGAGACCUUGCGCUUAUAUCCGAUUGUUCCAUUCAAUGUUCGCAUGGCCCUCAAAGAUACUACACUUCCUCAUGGAGGCGGUAAAGAUGGCAAUGAUCCUAUAGGUGUUCUUAAAGACACCCCAAUUGGCUACUCAACACUUGCGAUGCAGCGACGAGCGGAUAUAUAUCCCCCAGCUUCAUCCGGCUUCCCAGACAUCAACAAGUUUGUUCCUGAACGAUGGGAAACUUGGAACCCAAAGCCGUGGACAUAUAUUCCUUUCAAUGGGGGCCCUCGUCUGUGCGUUGGUCAGCAAUUUGCGCUUACAGAGAUGGCAUACACAAUCACGAAAAUUCUUCAGAAGUAUGAGCGUGUCGAGAACAGGAUGUCUGCACCGCCAAAGUGGAAGAGCGACAUCGUACUCCAGCCUGCAGAAGGCGUUCAGAUUGCUUUUUACGCGGCGAAGUCUUGAGCUGUGACAGGUGAGCCAAUAUAUGAAUGUAACAUGUAGCGACGGAAUGAAUGUGUACUUCAAUUAGAACGGCAACUCUUUAUUGCAGAAUAACGCUCUUUUUAUCUGAAGACGAGCUUUUUCCAUCUGAACCAUAUCUGGAGUCGUGGCUUAGAACUUUCCUUGAUUUAAUUUCUGACAGUUUCUUUGAAUCAUAAUUUGUACAACCAUGCAUAACUUCAACCUUAU